CAGAAAAAAAACAAGAAUUGUCAACUUGAAAUGCACUUUUCUGUCAAAAAUAGAAUGUCAAAUCGCCAAUAGCUCUAUUUUAUAGCUAAUUUCUGAGAUAAAUUUCAAUAACAUAAGUUUUUAAGUAAGCAAUGAAUUUGAACACAACAUGCCGCUGCUGCUUAGCACGGCCACCUGAUAAGGACUUGAAGUCGGUUUAUACGUGCCUCGGUAAAACAGAAGUUUAUGGAGAUAUGCUGAAAGAAUGCUUUGAAAUUCACCUGUCAAUAGAACCUCGUGAUUCUGAAAAUGGUAUAUGUGAGAUAUGCAUCGUUCGUCUCCGAGAUGCAUGUGAUUUCAAACAUCAAGUUCUACGGUGUCAAAAGGAAUUUCAAAUUAAGCUUACUACAUCUAUUGAAGAUAUACCUAAAAUAAAGGAUGAAUACUCGGACAAUGAAGAAAACGAUAUAUUCUUUUUAGAUCUGAAAGAUCAUUAUGAAGAUUUGAAAGAAGAUGACAAGUUGGCGGAGAUACUCAACCUCGACGACGUGUCGGUCGAGAGGAAAGUUGACAAGAAGAAGAACGGUAAGAAGAGGCAGAUUAUAAUCGAGAAACCGACGAAAGAUCGCAAAUCGAAGAACCUAAAAUCAUCAAUCAAGCUCUCACUCCGAACUCUGUCCCAAAUCGAGAGACUGAACAAAUCACCAUCGAUCAGAUUCAUCAGCGAAAACAAAAAGCACAGCAUAAACACGGAAAAAAUACUCAAAUACUCUAACUGUACGCCGUUCUUUAAUAAAACGAUAGCGGGCAUAGUCUGCGCGUAUUGCAAGGAGACUUACCAAACUUUAGAGGAAUUGAGGCUUCACACCCAAGAUAUACACAAGCGAGAUGAUCUAUCAUACACAAAGCGAUUGGACAAAAGCAAUUUAUCUCUCAAAAUGGACAUAACAGAUCUGAAAUGCAAUAUUUGUGAAAAGAACUUCGAUGUAAUAUCAAAUUUGAAGACGCAUCUAAUAAAGGAACACGAUAUCAAAUUUUUUCCCGACGUCAAUGACUAUAUCAUGGAAUUCAAGUUGACAGACGCUGAAUUACUAAAUUGUGCGCUGUGCCAUUCGACGUUUGAGACCUUCAAAAUGUUAUUACAACACAUGAAUGGUCAUUACCGUAACUAUAUCUGCGAUGUGUGCGACAUGGGCUUCAUAAACAAGCAUAGGCUGAAGAAUCAUCAACGCAUACACGAUAUCGGUACGUUCAAAUGCGAAUUUUGCGAGAAAAUCUUCUCCACACGAGUGAAAAAGAUGUGCCAUGAAAAGUAUACACACAAUAGUGCGUCCAGAUACACAACGAAUUGUCCGCAUUGCGAUCAGUCCUUCAACAGUUACUAUCAGAGGAACAGGCACAUGUUUAAAGAACACAACGUUGCGGCCGCAACUUAUAAGUGCAAUAUUUGCGACAAGUCCUUCAUUUUAAAGUCUAAGUUGACGUCCCAUAUUAAGAAAGUACAUUUGAUGGAGCGGAAUCAUAUCUGCAGUGAGUGCGGUCAAGGAUUCUUCAUCAAGCAGUCUUUAGAUGAGCAUAUGGUGAAGCAUAAUGGAGAAAGAGUGUUCAGUUGUACGGUGUGUCAUAAGGCAUAUGCUAGAAAGAAGACUCUAAGAGAGCAUAUGCGGAUCCAUAAUAACGAUAGGCGGUUUAAGUGCGGUGUGUGUAGUGUAGCGUUUGUACAGAAGUGUAGCCUGAAGAGCCAUAUGUUGACUAAUCAUGGGAUUAGUCUCUCUGAGUUUGAAAAUAAAAGAAGUAAUAUAUAUUGUCAAACAAUUUUGUAGACGAAUUGUACGUGCCGGUAUAAAAAUCAAUACAAUAGAAUUUGUGUAAAAAACUUUAAGUGAUUUCUUAACUCUCGGACUUGUAAUUUGUGGUAAAUAAAAUCGAAAAGUGUCAUAAAACUUUGAAAUGAUUGAACAGUUUCUAAGACUGCUUAGUGACAGUUACAAUCGCAGCGUUCUACUCACAUCCUUUGAGAUAAAAUAUGAAUAUCAAUAACAAUGGAUAACAAAAACAGUGAUUCUACUAACAAAAGACGUAAACAAAUAUCAAAGCAGCAAACUUUUGAUUUACAACCUUCGUUGGAUAAUCAAUCUGAAAUGCGUAUAUUAGAAGCCAUCAGAAACGAGUUACCGACGACUAUUAAAAGUUAUAUCUGUGAAGAAUCAAAACUCAAAAUCUCUGAAGAUUUUUCUACAAAUAAAUAAAUAAAUGUGAUUAGUGCGUAGAAUUUCGGUUGUGUUGAUUUUGGGAUAUUGUUAGUUAUUGAAGUCAAAAUGGCAAGAGGUGUUAGGCAUUUUACUUAAGUGUACAUUUUAUUUUUUGUUAAGUUCGUUAGCAACUAAAGCGUUGCAGCAAAAUGUGACGAUUUUUAUUUAUCGCAAAAUAGGAGGUAAUUUACGCCACUUAUAAACUUGUAUCCUGAAAUGUUCUAAAACUACCAGGAAUUUUGUUUUGUCAAUCGAAAAGUACAUUAAGA